CACGCGCAGUUGAGGCUCGAGCUCUCCUCGCUCGCAUGGAUCACGUCGGGAUGGUUUACGUGGAGCGGCUGACUCUCCUGGCUAAUUCUCGGGAAUAAUCUCACAACACUGGGACCUUGGAUAUCCUUUUUAUAUUAUUAUUAAGGCUGAAGAGCGGGAAACGUCGUAAUGCUGGACGAUAAAGCGCCGAGGUCGAGGCUGGGUCCUCCAUCGAGAGGUUCGUCUUUUUACAUCGAGAACCUGCUGGGGACUACACUGAGAGGGGCUGCAGCGGAGGAGCGGGUGGAAACCCCGAGUCUCGGAGUUUCACACAGUCCUGCGGGGUGUCCGGGGGUGGAAACUAAACGUGUGGAGGAUAGGGAAGUGCUGAAGUGGAGAGGGGCAUCGCCGAAUUCAAGCAGUCCAGACAGCGCAGCGCACUCGAGCGACCGGGACUCCCCUCCUCCAGCAGGGCGCGCGGAGGAGCACGAAGAGCCGGAGGAGGAGAAGGGGGACGAGAGUCUGACAGAUGACAGGGAGGAGGAGGACGCGCGCUCCUCCUGCUUCUCCAGAGAGGACAGCUGUGAUACAGGCGAUAUCAAAGUAGCCCGCAAGAAGAAAACCCGCACUGUGUUCAGUCGCAGUCAGGUCUUCCAGCUGGAGUCCACCUUCGACCUUAAACGCUACCUGAGCAGCUCAGAGCGAGCCGGCCUUGCCGCCACACUGCAGCUCACCGAGACCCAAGUCAAGAUCUGGUUCCAGAACCGCAGGAACAAGUGGAAGCGCCAGAUCGCUGCCGACAUGGAGGCCAGCAGCGCCAUCACAGCCGCCGCGGCGUCUAUCCCCUACGCCGCCCAGAGGGUGGUCAGAGUUCCCGUGUUGUACCGCGAGAACGUCUCCGCCCCCGUGACGCCACCCAUGGUUGGCUUUUCUAGCUCUAUCAGCUACCCAUUGACUUCACCGUUCACCCACCCGGUGUCGUUCAUAACGCCGCAGAUGAGCGGGCUUGUCGGACUUUAGAGAGACUCUUUUUACACAAAUCAAACUGUGAUGCUGCAAAAUGUUUUAUAGCUCAGUUUCAGAUGGUGUUAAGUUGGAAAACAAUGAAGUCAAUUCACCGAGUGUUUGGUUCUUUUCACUCAGAUUUAGAUUUAAGUGGAUCAGUCAACUCGUGGGACAGAAUGACCCCCGAGCAGCUGCUUUUGAAUCCUAUGAAUACAAACAUUUAUUUCCAUUAUAACAUGUUUUCCACUAUUUAACUUACCCACAAUGCUACUCUGACGCCUAAACUGAGGACAUUUAACUCAAGGCCAAAUACGUUGCAAACAUAGUUCUAUUUUGUGAUGAUUUUUUUUCCACUGAAUUUGUAAGAAUGAUUCACACCUAUGGGAUCAAAUAAGGUCAGAAAGAUUUGAGGCUAUAGUGGAAUUAGCCAGCAGCUCUUUGGUAAAGCUGGGGUAAAAGUGUGAGAAAUUUACAGAUUGCAAAGCAAAAUGAUAAAUAUACAGUCUGAUUCCAUAUCAGACUAUGAUGACCUCAUUUUUACAGCCAAAAUUUGCACACUGAAAUUUUUUAUUUACUUUUUCAUACUAUUUUAAUGUAAUGGUUAAUUCAUAAAAACGAAUAUUGUCCACACUCUAAAAUCUCUUGCUACAAAAACCCAAAGGGGGCAUUUGUUUUUACUCCAUUUCCCAACAAAAGUGUGAGUUGAACUUGCCUUCAGCUUAUCUCAUUUUAUCAUAUUGGCAACACUUUUUUUUCCUGUGACAAUGAUUCACUUUUUUGUGAGAUCUCAAAGACUCAUUUUCACAGUAAAACCAGUAGUUAUCCUAAAUUACAAUAAAUAAACCUUGUUCAUGAGAAAAUUACAAAUAUUUACUUGCCUUAAUGAGAUUUUUUUUUAAUGUAUGCAUGCCCGCUUAGGGCCUCCAUACUUUGCUGACUUCACAUUCAAAAACUCACUAUUCCCAACACUUUAAAUCUUUCUGACCCCUAUUUGACCCCAUACACUAAUUACAUGGGAGUGAAACGCACUGUAUUCUCAAAGCGGUCUACGAAAUGUGAACACUUGAUCUUUUUUUUUUAAAUAAAACUUUGGUGCUUGUGACUUUUGACCUUUUCAAUAGCUGUGAGCAUGAGUAUUUUAUUAGCA